AUGCAGCAUAAUAACAUUUUGUUGAAAGAUUACAGUCAAGGUGUGUUGGAGUACUGCUUGCCGUGGUUCAUCAUUGCUAGAAUAUUAAAGGAGGCUUGUGAAACUAUCGAUAUAUGUACUUGUGUCUACAAGGGUAUAGUCAAAUCGACUCUAUGCAAAGACAAAAGUAAGCGAUGGAAGAGAUCAUUGGGACUUGUCUCCAAGAGAGUAUUCUUGUAUGUGUCGACCACUCUAUUCACCAAUAUAGUGUUAGAGCCAUUCGAUGACGAUCAAUUAAAAGAAUGGUGGAAUCACAUUAAAGAUGAUCAUUGUAUUAUCAAAAAGGUCACUACUCUUACCAUCCUUCCCGGUAAAUCUUUUACAAAGUUAAAGGAUUUAUUUAAUCACUAUAGUAGUAGUAGUGACUCGUCCACAAUAGAUCUAUUGUGUGGUGUAGAAAAGCUACAUUACAAAGGGACAUCACUCACAAGGACAGAUAAUCUGGACGAGUUGACCAAUGCUCUACCCAACCUCAAGAGUAUUGUACAUUACAGUGACACCAACAUCAAUACAAUCACAACAUUUUUCACUCGGUUCAUCAACCUCACCUCCAUCAACCUUUUGUGUACCUCUUACAGUAGUUCAGAUUUUUUGCAUCAAAUACCAACACUCCUCCUCCUCAAACCAGGUACUCGUAUCACCAAGAUCAUUCUUCCAGAACAUUUUGAUUGGGAUUUAUUGGAUAAAGGAGUCAAACAAAACCUUCAAGUAGUAUCUUCAAUGUAUCCAGAUUUCAAUCAAGACUUUUCAUCUCUAAGACAUAUUGUUUAUAUUCGUACAUUUCUUAUCAAACAGGCUGGUAUAUCAGUGCCUCAGAGUGCCAGAAAGGUUACAUUCACGACACAUAAACAAGGUUUAAUAGCUUCAUUGGCUGACAAUUCACAUAUCCAAACUGUCAGAUUCAAAAACAUAUCCAAUUAUAAAUAUGUUGCUCAGUAUGAUAGACUGGAUUUAGAGAUUAUACAAUCAUCAAUGCCAAUACGAAAUACUAUCAAACGAAUCAUCAUUGAUUCAUCGGUAAACAUUUUAGAAAGUAAUGUCAUCAGAUUUAAAGAAUUGGGUUACGAAUAUCUAGGAUCAACCAUUUCAAAUACAUCAUUUAACAAAUUACAAUUUAAAUUAAUCCAAUCUCAAGAUAAUAAUCAUAUUUCUUUAUGUAAUAAAUAUAAUUAUCUGUAUUGUAAACAACAUUAUACUGCCAAAGGAUCUGAUUGUCAAUCGAUAUCGAGAACAAAGUUAUGGAGACACUAA